AUGAUUGCCAAAACACCAAGCCCUCCUCGGGUUGCGAUCAUUCGCGACUACAACUGGGAAGGGGACUGGAGCCGAGAAACGCUCGACACGCUUAGCAAACUGGUAUUACAGUCUCAACCAGAUGCCGUGAUUGAGCAUUUCCAGCCCAUCGAUGGCGGCAACGUCCCUGAUGCACCGUCCUUCGAUCUCGUCAUCCUUACCGGCGGCACGGCCGACCUCACGCUUCCACAGCCCGAGCCAUGGGUCGCAAAUCUGUUGGAUUGGAUCAGAGAUACGGUGGCCAACAGCCCAACCACCAAGCUGCUCGGCAUCUGUUGGGGCCAUCAGGCCAUCUCGCGAGCCUUGGGCGGGACGAUCGAUGUCAAAGAGAUCCCACUCACCGAGCGAGGGCAGCAAUUCUUCAAGGGCUACCAGUCGUUGCAACUCUACAAGUUUCAUCGAAGAGAGGUCCAAACGCCGCCGCCGGGGGUUCAUUAUCUGGCCGAGAACUUCGAAAUCUCCAUGUCCGAUUCUGGACAGGUCAUGACGUUCCAAGGACACCCCGAGAUGACGCCGAGCAUCGCCCAGGGUCUUGUUGACCACAGAGAUCCAGCGUAUUUGCCGGAUCCAACUCCCGAGGGCCUUGCACUCCUCCACAAAGCCUUGCAGAAAGCUGAAGAUGGCAAGAAGAUAUUCCCCAGGAUCAUGGCCUGGGCGUUUGAAGGUCAGGUGUGA